CCUCUCCUUGAUUUUGUAAAAAGUGAAAAACAUCUCUAACAGACUUAUAAAGACUUACAGAUACAAAUUAUGAAGUCUGCCAAGUGUUUUGUCAAGUACACGUUCUGAUGUGUCUGCACAUGGAUAGGAUGAGCAUGUCCAGCUGGUCAUGAGCUAUCCUGUUCCCAUAAGUAGGUCAGAUGAUGGGGUUUGGCUUUUUGGGCGCGCGGUGUGAAGAAAACUAUUUGAAAAAAAAAAUGGCGGAUAAACAUUCAGAAGUUGAACAAGGAUGUUGCGGAAGUGUCGCUGUUGCUGAUAACGUUAAUGUUACCCAGAAUGAGGUCAACUUGGUGAAACAGAAGUCCAAAAGAUGUUCAUCUACAAGCCCCAGCACAGCACCCCCACACAAAUCUGCCCGCAAAGUUACCGACCUCCUAUCACCCACCACACAAACACCAGAUGCAGGGGAAAGACAGUCCGAGACAGACAAACUAGAAAUGCAGACACAAAACACGGAGGGACCUUCAAGUCCCACUGUCAACCCCACCGCACGAAGGAAGUCCUGGAGAAGAGGCACUAUAACCCGACGCUCUCUCCCUGCACUCACCAACCCAUAUCAGGUUUUGUGCAGGAGCAUAAGUACAUCCUUAUCACAGCAAAACCGGCUUGAGAAAUUGAUGGAGGCUUCAAUAAGGCUGGCAUUAGAAAGAACUCACAAUUCGCUGCAGUCUGUGCCGGACACCUCAAUGGAGGCUUUUCAAAAACAAUUUGAACAAAUGCAGAAAGAGUGGGGUUGUCUGGCCAAAAGCAUACGCGAUGAACCAGGGUGUCAACAACUCCCUGCAACAGAAGCCAGUUCUAGUAGCCCUGCAGUGCAAAAAGCCAUGGAAAAAGUCCGGAAAGCCAUCAAUAGGCUCCAGGCUGAAAGUGAAUCCUGGGAGGCACUGUUGAACAAGCACUCGAGUAAAGCAGAACAAUUGAAAAGGAAAGUGGAGCAGGGCCAGCAAGGAGGUGUAUCAUUAGACUCUACAUCUAUGGCCCGAUCCUCACAGUACCAUUUCAUACAGAGUAAACCCGACUACCACGCUGUCUUCUGUCGACAACAGCCCAAGCUUCAUACAAUGGCAAUGAUCAUGAACGCGCAGAGUAAGAUGGUUACAGAGCUUCUGUCCAUCAAGGAGCAAACACAGAUGUUGGUGAAAGAGACCAGUGGCCGAUUGGUGGCAGAGGCAGGAUUCCAGGAUCUUUCACCUGGUUUCAUCAGGGACCUCAUGGCAGCACCUUUACCCUCAGCAACUACGUUGUCACAGGCUGGAAGCAAGCGCAAGCAAUCAAUCAUCUAACGGACCAUGACUCUUUAUGACCUGUAUAUAAAGCUCAUAUAUGUGUACUUUUUGGUAAUUUUGAUUUUAUGUGAUUUAGGAACAAUUUGCUCUGUCUUUGUUGUCUUGUGUUAUUGGAUAAAGUAAGGCCUAAUGUUAUGGUUUCUGUGU